AGUGACUCGAGAGGACCACACAUCCGUAGCCAUUUUGGCUCAAGCAUUCGGCCCAGGCGCAACUGAAUAAAGCCUCCCCGAGAACGCCCCAGCUUGGUGCUCCUGAGGAGCCAUGCCGGCUUUCAUGGGGAUCAAUGGCUUCGGCCGUAUCGGCCGUCUCGUGACCCGUGCGGCGCUCCAGAACCCCGAGGUGGAGGUAAAGGCCAUCAACGACCCGUUCAUGGACCUUAAGUACAUGGUGUACCAGCUGAAGUACGACUCCGUGCACAAGAGCUACCCUGGCACCAUUGCCACCAAGGAAGCCGACGGCAAGGAAUUCCUGGUCGUUGACGGAAAGGAGAUCGCGGUGUUCCACGAGAAGGAUCCGGCGUCCAUUCCGUGGGGCACCGUGGGCGCCGCGUACAUCUGCGAGUCCACCGGCGUCUUCACUGCCAAGGAGAAGGCCGAGCUUCACAUCGGCGGCGGAGCCAAGAAGGUGAUCAUCAGUGCCCCCCCGAAGGACUCCGUCCCGAUCUACGUUGUCGGCGUGAACCACACGGAGUACAAGACCUCCGACACGGUGGUGUCCAACGCCUCUUGCACCACGAAUUGCUUGGCCCCGCUGACCAAGGUGGUGCACGAGAAGUUCGGCAUCGUGGAGGGCCUCAUGACCACGGUGCACGCGAUGACCGCCACGCAGCUCACGGUGGACGGCCCGUCCCGCGGCGGCAAGGACUGGCGCGGCGGCCGCUGCGCCUCCCAGAACAUCAUCCCCUCCUCCACCGGGGCCGCCAAGGCCGUGGGCAAGUGCCUCCCCGCCGUGAACGGCAAGCUCACGGGCAUGGCGUUCCGCGUACCCACGCCCGACGUGUCCGUGGUGGAUUUGACUUGCCGCAUCGAGAAGGGCGCGAAGUACGACGAGAUCGUGGCCGCCGUGAAGGAGGCGGCGGCCGGUCCGAUGAAGGGCGUCCUGGACUGGACGGACGAGGAAGUUGUGUCUACCGACUUCGUGAGCUGCAAGGCUUCCUCCGUUUUCGAUAUCGGCGCCGGCAUUUCGUUGAACGAUAAUUUCGUGAAGUUGGUGACCUGGUACGACAAUGAAUGGGGAUACUCCAAUCGCCUCGUCGACUUGUGCUGCUACAUGAGCAAGAUGGACAAUGCGUGAGCCCUUGCUUUCUGAGAUCGAGAGUCUGGCGCCCGUUGGGCAUCUUACCAGUCACAAUGCCUCGAGCUUGUGGAAGGAAAAA